CCUUGCACUUGCACUUGCGUCUUUCUUAUUCUCUUCCCCUGCUCGGGUCGUUCCUUCCGCUGGGGAUAAGGGAACCCACAUCUUCCGUCAUUCAUUUCAAGGAAAGAGAUCCUCAUCAUUGUCUCUUCUUUCCAUUCCCUUAUCUCUGUGCUUCCUCUUCUCGUCUCUCCUAAUAACAAACAUGUGUUGUUGACAUUGUCUGUGAUACUUCAUACGUAUUCCUCUCCUUAUCACGACAUUCUCUCCUUUUUCUCUUGGAUCAAAAAGUAUUGCUACUUCUUCUCCCUUACUUCUUUUUUUAUCGAGAGUUCAACUUUGUGACGAUCCGAUCCGCCCACCUCCCGUUGCAUGACAUUCCUCCCUCUACAAAUCAAGCGCAUCGCCUCCGCAUACGCUUCCUUCGACUGCCAACCUCUCCUCCGUCUUCCUUCAUACCAUCAGCAUAAUCCAACGGGACAGCAGCAAGCAUGCGUUCAGUAAAGUCGCUGCUCCUCUGGGGCUUCGCUUCCUUCUCUUCAACAACCGCCGCUCUCGCAUUUCCUCCACUAUUCCACAAAACUCGAGAGGCUGAAGCUUCGUCGUCGAUUGCCAAACGUGCAGAUGAAAAGACACCAAAAUACUUCGUCGAAGCCGGUCGAAACAUCGAGCUUGGUCAUUACGAUAACCGUUAUUUCCAAUCGAAGGUCUCGUAUGAAGAACACCGUCUCGUUCUCCGAGAUCUGAUUCGAAGCUAUUUGUUCCAUAUGAACAGUUACGGCGUGGAAACAUGGAUUGCUCAUGGAACCCUUCUUGGUUGGUGGUGGAACGGCCAGAUCAUGCCUUGGGACUAUGAUCUUGAUGUUCAAGUGUCAAACAAUACCCUUCAAUGGAUCGGCGACAACCUCAACCGUACCGAGCAUAGUUGGAAUUAUACCGAAACUGCAACAGGGGAGUUCAUCUCCAAGAAAUACCUUCUAGAUAUCAACCCCCACCACGUUGAUAUCGACCGUUCUGACGGAAGGAAUAUUAUUGAUGGCCGUUGGAUUGACAUGCAGAAUGGCAUGUACGUUGAUAUUACUGGCCUCCGUGAGCGCGAGGCAGAUCGCCCAGGUGUCUGGAGCUGCAAAAACAAGCAUCGGUAUAAGAGCCAGGACUUAUGGCCUAUGCGUAUCACCGAGUUCGAGGGCGUCAAAGCUCGCGUUCCGUUCAACUUCAAUAAGAUCUUGGUUGACGAGUAUGAUACAAAGAGUUUGGUCACCGAGAGUUGGGCAGGACACCGUUGGGAUCAUGACAACAAGAUUUGGAUCAAGGAGACCGAAGAGGAAGCGAAGCAGCGACAGCUCGGCGCCGUUGAUCGCCAUUUGGCCGAGGCAGCCGCAAAUCCGCAGGCUGAGGAGCCGCAGGAAGCCGCAGCGCCCUAAACGCUCACCGCUUAUACUCAUCCUUUUGAGUAACUCACUAUUUCUGAUUUACAUUCGAUCUCGCAUAUGAGCUGCGAAUCAACGAAAUGAGCCACGACCUAAAUUUCACAAAUCAUACCUUUUCUCUUUACGAUGGGUCAUACAAAGGUAGCCAGGCCUUUGUUGCACAUGAGGCGUUGGAUCUAUAUUACGGCGUUGGAGGAGAGCGGAUUUUAGCAUAUCGCUGGUCAGUGUGGCUUGCUAUUGAGGCGUCGAUGAUAGAGAUGAUUGCUGUUUUCAUCUCUGGGAUCUUUGUUCGAGUUCAUCAAACGGCCUGUAAACCUAGAAAGAUAUCCCUAGUUGCUUGCAUGUUUGCUUCACACAAGCGGUUCAAUGAAACUUUGCUUUGGGCGCACGAAAGUCUAUACUCAUGCUGAAAUGUAAAACCAUGAUCUAUGUAACAAGGGUAUCAAGAAA